AUGUUUCUGAGUGUCCUCCUUCUGACUGGAUUGCUUUGGUGUCUCUUCUUUUCCACUGGAGGAGGCACUUUGGAGGGCUCUUUGUUCCACCUCCAUCUGAUGCAGCUCAUUGUUCCACCCGCUGGGGUUGCUGCUGAGUCUGCCUCUGUUGUUGGAACUCCUGCCCUUCUUCCUUUUUUUUUGCCGGUUGCUGCUGCUGAUGAUUCUUUUCAGAGGCUUUUGGUUUUAACGGCCGCCUGCCGUUGCUCCCUUCUUCCAAAGCCACCUCUGCCUUGUUUUCCACCACCACCACCUCCGUUUAUUCCUGCAGACGUUGUUGCUGCUUGGGAUGUGAGGUUGUCCCUUGUCUUUCUUCCUCCACCUCCGUCCACUCCUUGCUGUCACCCGUCUUCUUUCCCCUUCUUGGCACCACACUAUUUUUCUACCGGUGCCUGCUUCUUCGUCCACAUCCUUGCCAAAUCUGUUCGCAAAGACUCUCAUAGUACUGUGGUCCUUUUACGAAAAAGUCCUGGUGCCGUUGAGGUGAGGAGGGAAAAAAGCAAGGGAAAUUUUUCUGGUCCCUUCCGCCAUAGCGGGAGGGUAUUCCCACCCCAAGAAACAGUUCAAGAAAUCAAGCAAUAA